AUGCCAGCAGCAAGGUUGACUAAUGUGAAGGCAAAGGAGUUAAAGAGCGACAAUGUUGUCAGACCUUUCGCUCCGCCUACACGUGCAGCGCCUCUCAUCCCAAUAAGGCAGACGAGCCUCAAUACCAGGACGCAUGCUCCCAGUUUUUCGGAGGCCGAAGGAGGCCGUGGCAGCCAACAACAGGGCACGUUACAGUCUUACACGAAAGACUUCUGGUUUUUUCCAGGCGACGAGUCAGAUUCGUCGGGAAAUGAUUCUGUACCAAAAGCUGCUGCCGAAGCAGCCGGCUAUUCUGGUCGGGAAGCCAACAUGCAUGCGCACGGAUCAGUGAUUCGCGAAAUCCGGACAGUCGAUGAGGCUGUUGUAGGACGACUUUCCAGAAUUGCAUCGAUCUCUUUUGCUGAAGCCUAUAAGGGUGGGGAUUACCAAUCGCAGCAUCUUGAACAUGAUGAGCACGGAAUGUUGAGUGAUGCGAAAGAGAGAGUGACACCAGUAUCAGCACGCUCCUCAUACUUUGAUCAAACAAACUUGGACUCUUUCCAGUUCACGCGCACGCCAGGAACCGGCGGAAGUACGGAUAGUAUAAUAAAGAAGAAUGAGGGCAGCUGUAUCAAGGCCAGCGGCAGUAGUGACGAUAACGGACGCCUGGAGACGAACGAAUCGGUUUACCAAGGUACUGACAGUCUCCGGACUCGCGCGGAGAGUGAGUGCAAAACAGCCAUCGCCCCCUCCUCCACGGCUCUCGAUUUCUGGCGCUUCUUCCUCUCCAGAAGGGAUGUCUAG